AGCCAAAUGGGGAGAAUUACCAGCCACUGUUAUACUUACAAAUAGCUUUGCAAUACAACAUAAGUUUGAAAAGGCGAAAGAGAAAGAAAAAAAAAAAAACUUCCUCAUUAGCACAUUUUUAACAUCGUCCCUGUGACACACUCGCCGAUCAUACCGCGUUACAUGGAGGACACAAAAAGAAGCGCGCAUUGCUUAAGCGCCACGUGCCGCGAAAAAGAAAAAGAAAAAUAAAUCGCCCAGCGGGGAGCAUCCCUUUGCGCUGCACCGCAAAUCUGCCAACAGCAGAACGGGCAACACACGUGGUAUGCAUUACGCGUUACGCAUUGCCCGGAUUAAGAUGCACUUGUUUAAAAGAACUUCCGCAGGACCACCUCCCUGAUAAUAAAAUAAAAAAAAAAAAGGUCAAAUGAAAAAACUAAUAAGCAUUCUUUUACCCUAUUACACCCACAACAAUGUCUUAACUCCAAAUUUGACUUUAAAAAAGAAGGCGGCCUUUUUCUUCUUUUAUUUGGACCGCUACGUUUACACUCCCCUGUUGCACACACUGCUGAGGGGCAAAAAUGUGAUAGAGAAAAACAGGUUAAAAAAAGGCAGCACCAAGGGGGUAGCGGACAAGUUCUGUUUGGAAUGCCGAAGCAGCCACGAUGUAGGGAACCAAACUGACAACAAUGGAGAGCAUAAAAAUGACGACGCGGUCGAAGAGACGAACGCCAUAUGGCCAGAAAAAAUUUCCUACGUAACACCCCUAGAAAUAAAAAAAAAAAAACAAUUGCAAAAUGAAAAAUUCAACGUUAUAUACAUCGGACACAUGAGCAUCUUAAUUCAAACCGCCAAUUUUAAUAUCUUAGUAGACCCAGUAUUGUCUACCCGAAUUGGUCUGUUCAACCUACUGGGCGUGAAAAGAACAAUAAAGGCAGGAAUAAGCUUCGAACACCUGCCAAGCAUCGAUUUCAUCCUCCUAAGCAACAACCGAUUUGACACGAUGGACAAGAGUACUCUGAAAAAAAUUGUCCUCAGGGAUAACAGCAUAAUUAUUGGUGGUAUGAACAUUCGAAGAUAUUUAUUUAAAAGGAACUUCCCCGUGGUGUAUCCCCUAAAUUGGUUUAACAAAUUAAAAUUUGAAAAUUUAUCCUUUUACUAUUUGCCCACCUUAACCAAUAGCCAUCGGUAUGUUGUUGACAAAAAUGUCUACCUCCCUGGGUCCUUCUUAAUACAUGAUAGUAAAACGAAGGCCACCAUUUUUUACAGUGGCCACUCUGCGUAUUCGAACCAUUUUUUGCAAAUCAAAAGUUACGUUAACACUGUUUUAAAAGGGGACCCCAUCGAUUUGUCCAUUUUGCCCAUUGGGAUUUACAAGCCCAGUGCCUUGUAUGCCCACUUUCACAUGUCCCCCGAGCAGGCCAUACAGAGUCACCUCGAUUUGAAGAGCAAAGCGUCCCUGGGCGUGGGCACGGACGUCUUCUGCCUAGGCGGGGAAGACUACAACGAAGCUACGACGGAGCUGUGGAAUCGGUUGGCUAAGUACGAACAGGAGCGGAAGGAAAAAAUUAACUUUGUCACAUUACAACCGGGGCAAAGCAUCAGCUUGUGA